AUGACGCGUGUGCCGUGGGUUUGCCGUAGCUGCUCAAGAGCUUUAUUCAACCGCCCUCGAUUCCCAAAGCCCAAAUUGGCGCGUUUUGCAUCUACUGAAUCGACUCUUGCGCCCAGUCUCCUCGUGCGAGCGAAAAACCUCAAAGCCGAACACGACGACCUGCAAAAGACGCUCAACGACUCGUUUGAUGCGGCCAAGGCAAAGCGCGCGGGCGAGCUGCGGCGCGUCGCCACUGCGCUGCACGACUGGGAAAAGGCCAACAGCGCCAUUGCCGAGCUGCGCAGCAUGACGCACGGCGGCGGCCCGGACCACGACGCCGACCUGGCCGCCAUUGCGCGCGACGAGCUCGCCACCGAGGCCGCCAGGCUCGCGACGCUCGAGCGCAACCUGUCCGCGAGCCUGACCCCCCGACACCCCUUUGCCGACCUGCCGUGCCUGCUCGAGAUCCGGCCGGGCCCCGGCGGCCUCGAGGGCCGCUACUUUGCCGACACCGUCUUCAAGAUGUACCGCGGCCUGUGCGCGCGCAAGGGCUACCGCAGCAAGGUCGUCAAGUACGACUUGGCCGACGGCGCCGGCGACCAGUCCUCGGCCGAGGGCGAGCUGCCGCUGCAGGAAGCCAUCCUCGAGAUUGAAGACGCCGGCGCGUACGACGCCUUCCGGGCCGAGGCGGGCAUGCACCGCGUGCAGCGCAUCCCGAGCACCGAGAGCAAGGGGCGCGUGCACACCAGCGCCGUCGCCGUCUGGGUGCUGCCGUCGUUUGCCGAGGCGGCCGUCGACGAGAUGGACUUUGAGAACCCCGAGAGCGACUUCUACAUUGACCCGCACGAGCUCAAGAUUGAGACGAUGCGGGCCCGGGGCGCGGGCGGGCAGCACGUCAACAAGACCGAGUCGGCCAUUCGCAUGACCCAUCUGCCGACGGGCACGACCGUGUCCAUGCAGGACCACCGAUCGCAGCACAGGAACAGAGACGAGGCGUGGAAGCUGAUGCGCUCGCGGAUCGCGGCCCAGCGCGCGGAGAAGCGCGACGAGGAGGCCGCCCGCCUGCGCAACAGCGUGCUCGCCACGACGCAGAUUACGCGCGGCGACAAGAUUCGCACCUACAACUAUAAUCAGGACCGCUGCACCGAUCACCGCGCCGCGCUGGACGUGCACAACCUGCCCGCGGUGCUGCAAGGUGGCGAUGUCCUCGACAAGGUCAUGGAUGCGGGCCGCGACUGGCUCGUCGGCAAGGAGAUUGAGAUGCUCGUGGCCGAGGAGGAGGCCAAGGCCAGGGCUGCCAGCAAGUAG